AUGAGAGCCGUGUGGGGAGAGGACGCGUCUGAAUUCAAACCAGAGAGAUGGAUCUCUGAAAGAAAUGGAGGCUUAAAACACGAACCUUCUUUCAAGUUCUUCGUGUUUAACUCUGGUCCUAGAAAUUGCUUGGGGAAAAAUCUGUCUUUCUUACAAAUGAAGACAGUGGCUGUUGAGAUCAUACAAAAUUAUGACAUCACAAUCGCUGAAGGGCACAAGAUCGAGCAAGUUCCUUCAAUGGUCCUUCACAUGAAACAUGGACUCAAAGUCAUAGUUUCUAAGAGAUGUUUGGCUUCAUAA